AUGUGGUGGCCUGGAGGUGAUUUGUCACAGGAUCCAUCAGAAUAUUUUAUGGUCAGGCACAUAUUUGGUAGCGUCUCAUCUCCAUUUUGUGCUAAUUGGAGUCUGAAGAAGACAGCUCAAGAUCAUCAAGAUGAAUUUGACGAAAAUGUUGUCAAAGGAGUUGAGCGAAAUUUUUAUGUUGAUGAUUACCUGAAUGGCUCAUCUACUGUAGACCAGGGAAUUCAUAUUGUUCGAGAAACGAAUAAAUUGCUGGAGAAAAAAGGAUUUCAUCUAGCAAAGUGGAAAAGUUCCAAUCCUGAAGUUCUGUCAGAGAUUCCUGCUAAAGACAGAGCAGACACUGCGUCAAGUGUAAAUUUAGAACCUGAAAAGAUCGAUCGAGUACUCGGAAUAAAGUGGAAUAUCCAAGAAGAUUGUUUUGGAUUUGAUGUUAAUGUGAAAUCAAAACCCCGCAACAAAACGAGGAUUUUGUCUGUACUCAGUUCGAUAUUUGACCCGAUGGGAAUAGUGGCACCUGUAAUACUAAAGCAAGGAUUUGAUGCAGCAGUUAUGUCGAAAUAA